AUGGCAUCUGCACAACCAUUACCCAGAAGAAAAAGGUUCAUACCUAAGUACGACGUAGAAGGUGUUUACAAAGUGAUAAUUGGAGAAGAAACGCAAAUACAAAUAGAUAUGGUGAUUGGAACUCAUAUUAAUGCUCAAUAUCCCUGGAAGUUAGUAAGUAAAGAUAAAAUUUUGGAAACAAUUGAUGUAGGAGGUGAAUUAUCAGAGUUUUUUCCAAUAAAAGACGCCUUACUUAAAUAUCCAGAACCAGAUGUGCUUAUGGGGUAUAUUGUGGAUGAGUCUACUGACGUCGAUGAAUUUUAUGUUUGUUGUACUACAGAAGCUAGAGAUCAUUGUAAACAACAAUCUGACAGAUUUAUCAAAAGACAAGAAAAAAAGCUAGAAAAGGCCGUCCAAAAAAAGCCAAGACCGUGGAAAAGUCUUGGAAGUGAAACUGAAAUAAUAGAGUUAUUACCUAUUAAUACAAGACCUUUAUUAGAAAUAGAAAUAAAGGCCAAGUUUCCUAAAGAAUAUCAACCUCAAAAAUUUACAGUAAGAGACACAAGCCAGGUGCGCGAUGGUUUUAUAGAACUUACACCAUACAGACAGAAAUUUAAUAACGUCUUCCGACGUAGAGUCGAUUGCGCGAUACAAGCUGCUCCACCAAAAGUUCACAAUGUUGCCCAAACCGUGCUUAAAUACCCUCAAAAUAUGUGGACCCAAUCAAUAGCAGAUGCAAUGGGUGCUAUGGAGGAUACUGAAGCUGGUGGGGAUACAGCUGUUGAAAAAACAGAAGAAAUUAAGGAAGAGGUAAAAAGUUCAGACGAUGAAGAAGAAGAGACAGUUAAGGAGCCUGUUGAUGAAGUUGGUUUGUUAGCAUUUAAAAAUGCAUUACAACGCAUGCGCCGUGCUUCCUAUGUAAAAAAAAUUAACACUUUUAUGGACAAUAAACAAAGUGAAAUGGAUUCUGUAAUAGAACUCAAUACCGUCAUGGAUAUGUAUUGUAAUGACUACCCAAAUUUACUCGCUAAAAAAACUGUUGAUAUUUAUGACACAAUGACUUUUGAGGAAUACGUAUGUUUUACUGACGUUAGAGCUAAAGAUAAAUAUAUUUCUUCUGCCGUGUUCCAUCCAAUGUGGUCUGGUAUCGUUGCCAUUUGUUACUCAGAUGGAUCCCCAACAGUGAUGAAAACACUUAGCUCGCGUCCGGAUCCCAUUCAAAGAGCCGUCUAUGGUCUAAAUCCUGUAUUAAUAUGGAGUCAUAUAGAUAGUUUACUACCCAAGCUAUACCUAGAAUCUCCAAGAGAAGUAAAAGUAUUGUCUUUUUGUCCAUUUGAUGAGAAUAUAUUAAUUGGUGGCUGUGUUAAUGGACAAAUAGUUAUAUGGGAUAUACAACAUAAAUUAGAAAAUGUUGAGAAAAUAGAAGUUCUUAGUGAAAAAAGAGAGAAAUAUAGAAUAGCCAUGAAUGCUCAUAUGGGCUGGAUGAAAAAUGUACAUGAUGAUACAAUAGUUCAAUCAACAGUUUUAAGUAAUUUGAUGACUAGUCACUACGGACCUGUAACAUCAAUUAAUUGGCUAUCUCCAAAUUUUUCCGUAACACCUACUGGAAAAACUCAUUUAUUAACUGAUAAUAAAAAAUCCCUUAUAUUUUUUACGGGGUCUGAAGACGGUUUAAUACUAAUUUGGAAUUUAUCUGUUGAAAAUGUUACACUUUUUGAAGGAAAAAAAGUGAAGAAAUCUAAGCGAGUACUUAAAAGACCAUCUGGUCUUAUGGUUGAUUUUUCACCAUUUAAAAUUUUGGAUCGGAACUUACAACCUUGUUAUAAAAUUGUUUUAGGAGUUGCGGGUCAACCUCAAUCUUUACCACUACAAAGUUUUGGAAUGAAUUGUCCUGUGAUAAAAUAUACCUAUGUACCAAAAAAUACUGGGACUGGAAGAAAAUACUUCACGUCUGAGAUUAUCCCUCAAGGAGAAUUUGAAAUAAAUACAAUUUUGUAUUGUGGAUCUCAACACGGUGAAUUAGCUAGAGUUACGUGGGAAGGUCAUGAAUUCAAUACUGGUGAAAUAGUUAACUCGGAGUAUUGUGAUAUAGUAUUUAGUUGUCACAUACAUGAUGGUAUUAUAUCCCGUUGUCAGAAAAAUCCGUUUAUUAAUAAUAUAACAUUAACUGUUGGAGGUAAAAUUUUUGCUAUUUGGUCUGAUAAACUUAAUGAUAGACCUUUAAUAUGGAAAAAGCGUCCAUCAAGGCUUACAGAUUGUGCUUGGUCUUUAUAUAAACCAAGCUUACUAUUUAUAACUACUUCUGAGGGUGACUUAGAAACUUGGGACUUACUUCUUAGAAGCGAUUUACCUAUAGCCGUGCAAACUUUAUCAGGAAAUAUGCUUACUAGUGUAAGCUUACACACUUUACCAAUAGCUAAAAAUAUUAUUGGAGUAAGUGACAUAAAUGGAUCAUUCAGGAUGUUUUUAUAUCCCCCAAUAUUUAUGAUUGAAAAUCCUACUUAUAUAGGUCGAAUGGAAAGCAUGAUAAUACGGGAACUUAAAGUAUUGAAAACUUUCAUUUCGUGGCAAGAAGAAUGGAUGCGUAAUAACCCAGAAAUAUUAUUAGAAAUAAGAAGAAAAGAGGGAGAACUGAUGGCCAUUAAAGAAGAAGAAAAACGAAAGUUAAGGGAGGAAGAGGAAAAACAACUGGAAGAAGAAGCAGAAGCACGUCGGCAGCAAAAAUUAAAAGUAUUAGGUCCAGAAGAAAGAUGGCAAAAGAUUAUUCAAAAGCUUAUAGAAAAAACUAUAGCCGUUAAGAAAAGAAUAAACAGAGCAGAACUUAUCGAACAUGAAAAACCCCUUAGAGAAUUAGAAGCACAAAGGUUAGAAAAGGAACGCAGAAUGCUUGAAAUUAUGAAAAAUCAAAAAACUAUUUUCAAUGACACCGUAGCCAUAUUAUUUCCUGAAGCUAUUAAAAAAGAAGUUAAAGUAAAAAAGAGCUACCUAGGUGAUAACAAGAAAACAUUAAAGAGGUCUUAUUUAGAAAAUUACGACAAUUUAAAGAAUACAGCAAAUGUAACAGUUCGUAGACAUCCAUAUAAAAUAGAUUUUUCUUGGGAAAAUACCUUAGCUGAAGGCAAAGAAAGGCGACAAGCAUUGAACGCCCAUGAUGAUUUUAUAAAAAUACAUAAAGCAAGAAUAGACGAAGAAGGCAAAGAGACGCUUACAUUACCAUCGGUCUUAAGCACAGCUGUAACUGAGGAAGAUGAGAAUCUUGAAAAUGAGGAAGAUGAGGAUUGA